AUGGAGAUGACAAAUACAGAGGAAGAAAUGUUACCGGACCAGGGUGAACGGACACCCAGGUCCCGGCAGUUCGGGGGUCCUGGCCCUGCCCCCGUCCGGUCGUCAUCAAACGAGGGGUUGGCUGCUUCGUGCCAAGCAGGCGGAGCAGUCCCUAGUGCUACUGUUGAAGCUAUAGAGGACGUGGAUAUGGCGGGUCCUGGUCCGAGCAGGAUCCCGGAGGAGAGAGUGAUUGCCACUCUAGAAAUCCAGUCUUCGGACGAAGAGUCUCAGGUGGAGAGCGAGCAGCUGUCCUUGACGCAGCGGCAAAAAACAACCCGCUCGUUCUUUAAGAAUAGUGCUCUAACGCGGAAAGGGGCAAAGGGCGCCGCCCGGGAGAGGCAAAGAGCGGCCAAAAGAAGUUGCGUCACUACCGUCAGUCAUUCUGACGAAUAUGCGACUUCCGCGCCCGAGUCAGACAUCGAUCCGGGGCCAGACGUGGACACCGAAGUCGCGUCGCUUCCCACGUUGUUGGAAGUAAUCUUCAGUCGCCUCACGUAUGUGAAUGGACUGAGGAAAAAGUCUAAGCGGCUAAAAGGCUCGAUUUCGGGCCAAAUGAAGCGGUCCUUUAUCAAACUCCAAAAGGAGACAAGGGCCCUGGCUGCACGUGUUGAGAUGCGGGAUAACGCACAACAUUUGUACGACCGUGCUGCUGCCGCUGAAAGAGAAGUGCACCAACUUCGCCUGUCGAAUGGUGCACUACAAGCCGAAAUCCUGGGGCUGAAGAGGAGAGUAAAAGAGAUCGAAGAAAGAGCCCCAGCGCGGCAAGGAUGUGACGUAGCUGUACAGGCGUUUAUCCCUGUGGUAACGUCUGUGCAGUCUGUUCCAGCGGGCGCUGGUCCCAUGGUCAAGGUGGUGGCCCCACCCGUGAAUCUUCCUUCGGUGGGAGGCCGAAAGCGGGUCCUUAAAGAAACCCCUGGAGGUGGAUCCCCAAAGCCGGCUUUUGCCGGUGAGGAGGACAUGGCCUCCGUUAUCAAACGCGAGGUCAUAGAGCUGCUCCGCAAGAGCAGGAGAAAAACGGAGGAGCGCGUCGUUGAGCUAGUUAACGGCGCGCUUUCGGGUAACGUGAGCGCCGCUCAAGACGGCAGACAGAAGACUGCGCAGCCGGUCUGUCGAAAUACCCAACCGGUGGCCAGCCAGCAGCCCUCGACAGAGACGUGGGUGGAAGUCACCAAGCAAAAGCGGCGUGGCCCCAAGUUCACAUCCGCAGUCGCUCGACCGGAAGGUCCCACUGCUGUUCAGCAGAACCUUGCCCGGAGGCAACAACAGGGUGACGGGCACUCUCCCCAGCUAGGGCCUGCCAGCCAACCCUUAGGCGGAGUUAGGCGCAAGAAGCGCAAACCUCGGCACGUGGCUACGGUUGCAAUUCGGCGUCCCCCGGGACAAGAGCAACCGACACCGUAUGCAGACAUUAUCCGCACUGCGCGGGCGGCGGUUCCCCUUCAGGAAAUGGGGAUUAACGACACUCGCAUUCNUCGUGAUGUCGGCGGGGGUAUCCUCGUUGAAAUACCGGGCCCAGGUGGAGACGAGAAGGCGGACCAACUGAUGGCUGCACUGACCCCGGUUUUACAAGGAAAGGCCACGGUCACCCGGCCGGUACGCAAGGGCGAAAUUCGCCUCACGGGUCUCGACGAAUCCGUUGAGGCAAAAGAUGUAGUGGCGGUAUUGUCCUCGGGCGAGNUCGGCCCCUGUCGCGCCGAAGACGUCACAAUGGGCCCCAUUAAGGAGGGCCGUNAUCGCAUGGGCGUAGCCUGGCUCCGCUGCCCGGCUGAGGUCGCGGACAAAAUUGCGGAAAAAGGCCGGCUAAAAGUAGGGUGGUCCUCGGCUUGCGCCGUCCUUCUUUCUGCGCGACCACUCCAGUGUUUUAAGUGCNUGGAGUUCGGGCACGUCCGGGCAGCUUGUCGCAAUGACGUCGACCGCAGCAAGAUGUGNUAUCGCUGCGGUGAAAACAGUCACGUCGCCCGUGAGUGUAAAGAGAAGGCUCAUUGUGUUUUGUGCGCAUUCCGGAACCUUUUGUCUGGGCACAGAACGGGCAGCGCGGCCUGUCCCUCAAGGACAAAGGGCCGGAACGGCGUUAAGAAACUCUUGGAGCGAAGGACCGAGGAGCAGAUGGAGGUAACAGAGGAAGAUGGAACAGAUCCUCCAAAUUAA